UCAUUUGCUUUUGUGUUUAUUCCUCCUUGCGCAUGGUCGCUUUAGGCGCAAUUUGGCUAUGGUUCCGGAAGAGUGACCACCCUAUACGUGUCGAAAAACAAGAAUGCUAUCGAACAACUGUAUUGUGAUUCCUUCGAAAGAAAAAAAUGAAGAUAUUUUAUUUAUUCAAAAAUGAGUUUCAGUACAAGAAAGAGAGUGUCAACACAAGCUUGGAAAUUGAGUAAUCUCACGCUCUUUGUUGACGUUCUUUGUUGAUAUUGAAAUAUCCUAGUGUUCAGUCCAUGACAUUUGACAAAUGGUUGCACUACCAGUCUGCACCCAGGGUUUCCAAACCGAAAAAAAAGGAAAAAUUCUGAAACAAGAAAAAUUAAAUUUCACAAGUUGCGCAGUGUAAAAGUUCAUAAGUUCUACACUGCAUCAUCUCUCUAUGCGUAGGACAUAUUUAUGAUUCGGGUCACUGGCGUGUAUCGAUUUUGCAGAUCAGCAGAGCGUUUGAGUAUCACGAAUCUUCGUGACCAUGGACAGCAUUCUUCACGUCCUGUUAAAUAUCGAUCUGUAAGGGUAGAAAUGAGCUUUUUGGAAAAGAAACGAUCAUUAACGAGCGAAAUCGCCGAUGAAACUACAAAGAAAAACGGUUUUGAGGAACGGAGACUGCAAAAAAGACUUCAAGACAUCGAGCGAAGCGCUUUGAAACAACAAAAGAAACGUAGCAACGAACAACUCGAAUACGCUCUUGAAAACCUUUCCCUUGAAGAUGUCAACGCAUUCAACAGCCUCACAAGGAAGAUUCUUAAAUCCAGCUUUCUUCCUCCGAUUAACCAAAAGCCAGCAGGUGGCUCAGGUGAAGGAAAACGUGGAAACAGGAAUGAGAUCUUAGCAGAAAGGCUCAGAGGCUCGAGAAUGAUCCAUAGCUAUCUUGAUAAGCAGAAACAAAGAUGGUUGACGAGAAGUUUGUCGGUUGACUCAGGACUCAUUCCUCUUUCUGGAAAUCGAACUGUGGAAGAAACGGAGUUGAAACCUGGCCCUUACUCAGCUUUUGUGAAAAGACAGCUUGCUGGCUCGCUCUCUGACGUAUCCUGCCCAACAGUGUUUGCUGGCGCAGUCACCAAUUUCAGUCACGUAGCUCAAGAAGGGCGCAAAUUUGAGGAUAUAAAAAGCAUUCAAAACACCCGAAGAGUUGAUUUUGCUGACGAUAUCAAAGAGCAAUUGGAAAGAUCCCGGUCAAAGCCAACACUACGGAAAAGGCAAUCCAACCAUCACCUUUCAUGUCAAACAAAAAUUCAACACAGCUGCCUGAGUGAUGCCAUUGUAUACAAACUUGAAAUGCGAAAAAGGGAGCGACUGAAACUCUACCAACAAAGUGGCGAUUCUUAUACCUGAUACUAAUUACAAUGCCUGAGACAGUAGGACAAGAACUGAUUUAAAACAUUUUUAUAGAUUACUUAAAAGUAUAUUUGCCAUCGUAUUUAUUUCAGCGUGUUUACAAAUCUAGUUUCUAAGUUAUGUAUUUAGCUGCUGAUCUUUUUCAAUCAGUUUUAAAUUAAUAAAAAGUACAUGUACGCAUAUCAACACAUCUCUCUCGAGUUUUUUUUUUUUUGAAACGCUUAAAGAAUAAAUAAACCGUUGAUGUUUCAUUCUGUAGAUUUCUCACCGAACACUAAUAGUAUCAGAACUUUAAGGAGGCAUGUUUUUAAUCCCAUGUAAGAUCUAGUAGUGAUUCACUGCUUUUCUGACCGAUGAAAAUGCUCAUUUUUGUCGUCAUGAAAGAAUUCAAAAACUUUUAUUUAACUGAGCUAUGUUACUUCCUGGUUGAAAUCGUCUUAGAAGGGCAAACAAACACUUAUCAAGAAAAUCUCUAGCAAUUCUUAGUGAUACUUCAGGUGAAAGUGUUUUCAUAAUCGACCAUAGAGGUCAGUGGAAAUUGCCCUAUCGAUAUUUCAAAGCGAGAACUAUAUAUUCUGAAACCGUACCACAGAUGCUGGCGAUAUGGGAAAGUAAAGACAAAAUUGAUCACUUAAUAAUGAGUUUGAUUGAUCGAAA